AUGGGUAAACUUACCAUACUUCUCUUAUUUGCUUUAAUAUCCUCUUCAAUUGCUGGCCCUCGAUUCGAUUGUCUUCCUGAACCAAAUGGAAAUCAAGGGGCUUGUGAAGCAAGAGGAUGCAUCUGGAAAGAAGAUGAUUCUGGAAAGAAUGCUCCAUGGUGUUAUUUUAAAGACGGUGUUGGAUACAAACUAGAUUCACAACAAGGAACAACAUACAAUCUGAGAAAGAACAAUGGUCCAUCGAAUCCAUGGGGAGCUGAUUCAACUGAAAUUAAACUGACAACGAAAACAAUUGGAAGUGUUCUGAAUGUGAAUAUUGGAAUCGAUGGAAGAUACGAACCUCCGGUUGAUUUUCCAAGAGAAACUCAAUCCUCUGAUGAAUCUUUGGUCCUCUCGACAUCCAGUUCAAAUGAUAUCUUCUCAUUCUCUGUUGUUCGUCAAAGUUCGAAUAGAAAACUAUUCGAUACUUCAAUUGGAGGUCUUAUAUUUUCUGAUCAGUUUAUUCAAAUCGCAACGUAUCUUCCAAGUUAA